AAGUAGACCACGAGAUCAUUGUGACACCACUGGACCCUCGCGGGGACCCCGCCCCUUCUGGUAUAAAAGGCCUCCCUAGUGUUGCGCCCCUUUACAGGAGCCGCCGGCAAGGGGGCAACGAGGAAGCGUCUAGAGCGUAGCUGAGAAGGAAAAGAAAACUACUUGUUUCAAGCCCUACCCUGCCUUUUCCUUAUUUGAACCAUCAGCAAGAUCACCACAUAAAACCAAAGAUGAAUGUCUACAAAUUUGAAAUGAAGUUGAGAGAUUGCAAUCAAUUAACAGCAUCGUCAUCAACAUCUCCCAAAAUGAUUUCUUCGAAACCCAGGCUUGUGGUUCCUUAUGGCCUGAAGACUCUACUGGAAGGAGUUAGCAGAGCCAUUCUCAAAACCAAUCCAGCGAACAUCACCCAAUUUGCAGCUCUUUAUUUCAAAGAGCUGAUUUUGUUCAGAGAAGUAAAUUCUUCAUUGGAUAUAAAAGACCUGGUUAAACAAUUUCAUCAAAUCAAAGUAGAGAAAUGGUCAGAAGGAACAACACAGGAGAAGAAAGUAGAGAGUGCAAAAGAGCCAGAACCAUCAACUGUGCCUUGUGAAGAACCUAAACGGAAGGAGAAGUCUACAGACACGGAGGAAGACAAUAUCUCAGGACCAUUGUUUAGCAACAAAACCACCCAGUUCCCAUCGGUUCACACUGAAAUUGCAGAGCCGGAAGAGACAUCAGAAUCAGUUAGUGAGCCCUCUCCCAAAGCAACUACCCCUAAGGUAUCCACCCCACCAUCCUCACCAUCUCCACUCGCAGCUGCCUCACCGGAAUUUGCUUAUGUCCCAGCUGACCCAGCACAGCUAGCUGCCCAGAUGUUAGGUAACGUUGCAUCUGUUCAUUCUGAAGUUUUAAUGGUGGAUGUGGCAACAAGUAUGCCUUCUCUUUCCGAUAUGUGUCUGUCCUUAGAGGCUUUUGAAGAUUUUUCCGUGUCCAGCCUUCCAAAUUUAGCACCUCAGCUUCUGAGUCAAACAUCCAUCCGUAUAGAUAUAGGUUCCAAAGAUACUAAGGGUGAGACAUCCUCGGCUUCCUCACACCCCUUGCAGGGUGAACAAGAACUUCCUGCUCACGAUCAAGCUCCUGAAGUCCUUUGCCAGGCUGAUUUUGAGUAUACAUCAUCCAUUCAUAUUUCAUCUGAAUGUAAUGAGCCUGAGACUGAAGGAGCAGCUUUUGUAGAGCAUAUAUCAGAGCACAUAAUAGUCCCUUUUAAUGAACCAAUAGAAGGUUUCUGUGAGACUGAGCAGCUACCAUCAGAAAGCCAAAUUCAUAUAGCUCAUGAGACAGCCUCCAUGGUGUCUGCAAAGUCUGUAGGCUCUCCAAAAAUUGUAGCCUCUGCAAAAUCCGUAGCCUCUGCAAAAUCUCCACCCCUAGAGGAGCCUAUAAAACAUGGAUCAUCAGUAAUCGCUGAAAAAUCAGAAUUCUCAGUGUAUGGAGAGGCAGAGGCAGAGAUGGAGGCAGAGGCAGAGGCAGAGGCAGAACCAGAACCAGAACCCCCAGAGAUAAUGACCUCUGCAAAGUCUCUGCAUGAGGAGGCCUCUGCAAGGUCUCCACAACUAGUGCCCUCUGCAAGGUCUCUGGUUAUGGAGGCCUCUGCAAAGUCUCUGCAUGAGGAGGCCUCUGCAAUGUCUCCACAAGUAGUGCCCUCUGCAAGGUCUCUGGUUAUGGAGGCCUCUGCAAAGUCUCUCCAUGAGGAGGCCUCUGCAAAGUCUCUCCAUGUGGAGGCCUCUGCAAAAUCCCUGCAUGCUGAGGGGUCAGUAAAGUCCCUGCACACUGCUCAAGGGUCAGCAAAAUCCCUGCAAGCUGCUGAAGGGUCUGCACAAUUCCUGCAAGUUGAGGGAUCUGUAAAAUCCUUGCAUGCUGAAGGGUCUGCAAAAUCCCUGCAUGCUGAAGGGUCAGCAAAAUCCCUGCACACUGCUGAAGGGUCUGUAAAAUCCCUGCAUGCUGAAGGGUCUGCAAAAUCCCUGCACACUGCUGAAGGGUCUGUAAAAUCCCUGCAUACUGCUGAGGGGUCUGUAAAAUCCCUGCAUACUGCUGAAGGGUCUGUAAAAUCCAUGCAUACUGCUGAAGGGUCUAUAAAAUCACUGCAUACUGCUGAAGGGUCUAUAAAAUCACUGCAUACUGCUGAAGGGUCUAUAAAAUCACUGCAUACUGCUGAAGGGUCUGUAAAAUCCCUGCAUACUGCUGAAGGGUCUGUAAAAUCCCUGCAUACUGCUGAGGGGUCUGUAAAAUCCCUGCACACUGCUGAAGGGUCUGCAAAAUCCCUGCAUGUUGAGGGGUCAGUAAAAUCCCUGCAGGCUGCUGAAGGGUCUGCCAAAUCCCUGCAUGUUGAGGGGUCUGCCAAAUCCCUGCAUGCUGAGGGGUCUAUAAAAUCCCUACAAGCUCCUGAAGGGUCUGCAAAAUCCCUGCAUGUUGAAGGAUCUGCAAAAUCUGUGCUUGUUGAGGGAUCUGUAAAAUCCUUGCAUGUUGAGGGUUCUGUAAAAUCCCUGCAUGCUGAAGGUUCUACAAAAUCAGUUCACGCUGAGGGGUCUGUAAAAUCCGUGCAUGCUGAGGGCUCUGUAAAAUCUGUGCACGAUGAAGGUUCUGCAAAAUCUCUGGCUGCUGAGGGGUCUGCAUAUUCCAUUCACUCUGAACCAAGGGCCAAUACUGCAUCCCCAGAGGAAAUACCUGUCAGUUCUGGGGGAACUCCAAAAUCAGUACACUCCGUUGUAACUGUAAAAACUACAGUUAGUGAGACCCCUCAAAUCCCAGAAGUUCCAAUUGAACUGGAAGAUGAACCAGCAGGGGAAGAAGAGGAAGGGGAAGCAGCGCCUGAAGAAGGUUUGGAGCCACAAGCGAUAGCAGCAAGCGAAGCAGGACAACCACCACCAUAUUCUAACAUGUGGACCCUUUAUUGUCUAACUGAUAUGAACCAACAAAGCCGCCCAUCACCGCCACCACCUGCACCUGGGCCUUUUCCCCAAGCAACCCUCUAUGUGUCUAAUGCUAAGGAGCCACAGUUUCUGCAGCAUCCACCGAAAGUUACUUCUCCAACUUAUGUGAUGAUGGACGACUCCAAGAGGACCGGUGCCCCACCUUUUAUUUUAGUAGGCUCAAAUGUUCAGGAAACCCAGGAGUGGAAACCUCUUCCUGGACAUACUGUUAUUCCACAGCCAGAUCCCUCCAAGAGAUAUACUGCAGUCCAAGUUCCAAUUGCUGUUCCUGCCGAACAGAAAUUCCAGAAACAUGCCCCAGCCCCCCCGAAUGGUAACUCUCCUCUGAGUGGACAAGAACCCCCCAGACCACAAAGCCCAGUUUUUCUUUCUGUUGCUAUCCCAAUAGAAGAUGUAGGCAAAAAGGGUUCAGGAUCUGGUGACAAACGUACCCCCUUUGCAGGAAGUUACGGUAUUGCUGGAGAAAUUACCGUGACUACUGCCCAUCUUCGCAGAGCAGCAGAAUCUUAAACUGGUUGGUAAAUUUCCCAACCAUAGGGUGUGACCUUUUGGAGGAAGUCUGGAAAUCUUACCACUGAACUUCAGAAUCUUGAUUUGUUUCAUCUAGAGACUGACUUUUUUUAAAAAAAGAAAAUUAAACGGAAUUGAAUCGA